ACCAUAAAUGCCAGUGAUUUAGUACAGUUUAAUUUCUCAUUUUAGUUCUGCAAUGAAACCGUAAUGAGCAGGGGCAAGCAUAUUUAUUUUGUCGGUGUGUGUGUACUGGUUUGUUGGGCGGGAUGUUUGCUUUCUAGGAAAGAGCACUGCAUUAAAACAUUAGAGAACUUUGCACUGCUCUCUUGGAGAAAAUUAAUCUUGCUGUGUUAAACAGCCAUUCCACUUUUCGAGUUGUGUUCUUUAGUGAGGCUUCCUUAGUUUUGGGUCAUGUUGUUCUUUUGGCCCAGAGUGAAAACAGGCUUUUCUAAAAUUGAAUUGAGCAUCAUGAAGAAUUUCAUCAAGUGCAUUUCCAUCAGCAUCCUUUUCCUGCAGAGUGUCUGUCUAAUGGGCAUUUUAUUUUUCUAUGUGAGAUAGCAGAAGAUAUUAAAAGGCUUUCCAGAGAAGUCCCUUUAGCCAGGCCUUCUAAUCUCUAAACCGUAGUGCUUCUAGGUUGACAGAUGAAGUGACUAGAAGUUUUCUCAUAAUGCUGGCCGCCAGAAGAACCUUUGGGACCUACUGCUCAAGAUGGCCUUGUGUCAUGUGUCAGCUGGCCCAUAGUGCCUUCUUCAGGGGAGGUGUCCUGGCUGCCCCUCAGAGCCACAGUUACGGCAACACAGACGUCAGGUCUUCUUCAGUAGAAGAUGUCUGUGAUGGUGGAUCUGUAAAGAAACCAACUGCUAGGAGAGGGAGGGGAGGAGCCCAGCUGUGAGGUGUGUGCGCCCCAGAACCAUGUCUACGCGGGAGUCCUUUAACCCGGAAAGUUAUGAGUUGGACAAGAGCUUCCGGCUAACCAGAUUCACUGAACUGAAGGGCACUGGCUGCAAAGUGCCCCAAGAUGUCCUGCAGAAAUUGCUGGAAUCCUUACAAGAGAACCACUUCCAAGAAGAUGAGCAAUUUCUGGGAGCAGUUAUGCCAAGGCUUGGCAUUGGAAUGGAUACUUGCGUCAUUCCUUUGAGGCAUGGCGGUCUCUCUCUGGUUCAAACCACAGAUUACAUCUAUCCUAUCGUCGAUGACCCUUACAUGAUGGGCAGGAUAGCAUGUGCCAACGUCCUCAGUGACCUCUAUGCCAUGGGGGUCACGGAAUGCGACAAUAUGCUGAUGCUCCUCGGAAUCAGUAAUAAAAUGACCGACAGGGAAAGGGACAAAGUGAUGCCCCUAAUUAUACAGGGUUUUAAGGACGCAGCAGAGGAGGCAGGGACGUCUGUGACUGGUGGCCAGACGGUGUUAAACCCCUGGAUUGUUCUGGGAGGAGUGGCCACGACUGUCUGCCAGCCCAAUGAAUUCAUCAUGCCGGAUAACGCGGUGCCGGGGGACGUGCUUGUGCUGACGAAGCCCCUGGGGACACAGGUGGCCGUGGCCGUGCACCAGUGGCUGGACAUUCCUGAAAAAUGGAAUAAGAUCAAACUAGUGGUCACCCAAGAAGACGUUGAGUUGGCGUACCAGGAGGCAAUGAUGAACAUGGCAAGGCUGAACAGAACAGCUGCGGGGCUCAUGCACACGUUCAAUGCCCACGCCGCCACUGACAUCACGGGCUUUGGAAUUUUGGGUCACGCGCAGAACCUGGCCAAGCAGCAGAGGAACGAGGUGUCCUUCGUGAUUCACAACCUUCCUGUCCUGGCCAAGAUGGCUGCCGUGAGCAAGGCCUGUGGAAACAUGUUUGGCCUCAUGCACGGGACCUGCCCGGAGACAUCAGGAGGCCUCCUAAUCUGUUUACCGCGAGAGCAAGCCGCCCGGUUCUGUGCAGAGAUCAAGUCUCCCAAAUACGGGGAAGGCCACCAAGCAUGGAUUAUUGGGAUCGUGGAGAAGGGCAAUCGCACAGCCAGAAUCAUAGACAAGCCCCGGAUCAUCGAAGUCGCACCACAGGUGGCCACUCAGAACGUGAACCCCACCCCGGGGGCCACCUCUUAAUCUCGACCCAAGUAGCUCUUUGGUUUUGUUUUUAAAUAGAUCUAUUUCCUUUUUCAUCAUUUCAAUUAAAGACUAUAAACGACCACAAAAAUCUCAUUGUGUCUACACAUCUGGUGACCUUAGGUCGAUUUGUGAGUGGAUGCAAUUAAUAAAAUAAAAUCCAUUGCCUUUUUUUCCUGUUACAUUAACUGAAGAUGCACCUAAUCUUGAGGCAGCUUCUGAGUUGAGAAUUAUAUUGUUAUCCAAUACUGUUGAUUCAUUUUGAAUCUUUAGACACUUAUCUCUUGCCGCAUAGGCUCUUUUUAAAGGUGCUUUCCCGUAGCACAGACAUACCCGUCGUGGUGUCAGAUAGCACUUGGUGUCUGUUCAGUUUGUGCGUAUUUAUCAUUAUCGGUCUGGUCUUUUGUAAGUGUCUUGGAUGGUAUUCUGGAAAGAUGGAAUUGGUCAGUGACACAGUGCUAUCCCAAGAGCGAGAGGGUUGCAUGGUUCCUUCCAGUCCUUGCUUUGUAAAGCCCAGCGUUCUCAUUCAAGAGCGUCUCUUUUGACCCAGGACAUUUUCCCUGUAGUGUAUUCAGUUCAACAAGGCAAGUGCUUAACUCUGCAUGGAAAGCACUUUGGGGACAAAAAAAGAAAUUAACUUUUUUUGUAGCUUUCCUAAUAUUUACAGUAAUACCAUUAACUGUUUUCUUUACGGACAGCAAGCAAGGAUCCUUUUUGCAAUGUAAUUAGAUGUUCUCUAGUGCAACAAGGAAUUGGCCUUCCGGAAGGGCGUUCAUGUAUAAUACUCAUUUACAACUCAAUCUAUAAUUAACUACACAAAUAAUUUUGAAAUAUAAUCAAUAAUAAAGACUGUUCUCUGGAUGGUAGUGGUUACUACAUUUUAUAUUUUGUAUAGUGAUUUCAGGCUUUUUGUUUUCCUAAACUCAGCAGUUCUUUAGCCGAAAUCUUAGCAUUAUUUUGUCCUUGGCGCCAGUACUUUUUUGUGCACGCUUUUUGUGAUUUGUGUUAAAAAAUCUGCAUUGCCAACGUCGCAGCUCGAACUGAAACUUGUUAUUCAAAUAAAUAUUUAAUUUUUUUUUAUUGCUCUUGUAUAAUCAGAUGCCCCCUUUAGUAUCAUUUUAGAAGCAUUGGGAGGGUUUUGGCUAAAAGUACAAUUUAUUGGGGAAAACUAGAUUUUAGUUUUAUAAACUUUUAAGUCUUUCAUGGGGCCUAUAUUUUCUUGAAUUAAAUUUUGUAGUGCUAGAACAAAUAGGCGAUCUAAAAAGGUGUUUAUCUGUGUUACUUAAAAACAGAGGCUUCCUUCUAUUUUAACCCACUAAACCAUAAGGACGGAUCGCGGUCACUAAGCACCAGCGCGCUGACUCUUCGAGUGUCCACCUGAGAGAGAAAGCAGCCGGCCCUGCAAGUCUCUGAUGCUUAAGGGCACUGUACCAAAGCCCUGGCGACAGAUCCUCUUCUUACCAAAGGAAGCCACCCACCCCCCCCCCCCCCCCCCGGAAAGGACGGCCCCGAAGAGGCUUUCCUUUGGAUGCGCCCGCCCUCCACCAGAAGCCAGAGGGCAGCCUUUUCCCAAGUGUAGCUGGAACUCAAGCCAUAAGUACGGUGUGCGGGACCUGAAAGGCUGCUUCGGAACUGACAUUUGUUGGACGUUUUCUAGGGAUUUAUACAGAUGUUGGUCCUCAAAAGCUACAGACCAGUGGUCUACAAAAUAAAAUGUGUUGGAAACCUCUGAGUAAGGUGAACGUACUGUUGGGCUUAUUAUUUUUGGGGAGGGGAUUCACUAGUGAUGACUAACUCCGAAUUCUUUUUAAUGUUGAUCAUGCCUUGAAUGCUGGUGAUUUCCUCGGUGGCAGGCAUGCUGAGAGGAAGCGAGCUAAGCAGAUUAUGCACCCGAGGAAACCAUCUUCGGGAAGAUUCGUAUUAAUAAAAUGGUGGGUACCUAGAGGUCUGGGUAAUUCAUGUGAUCCCGAGGGGAAAGGACGGGUCUUUAAAGCAUGGUUUCCCAGAGAGCAUUCCAGAUCACCUGCAGUAGGAUCACCUGGGGGGUGCUUGUCACAGGCACAUUCUCGGGUCCCGCCACAGACCCACGGAGUCCA